GAAGCGGCCGCGAAGGCGGCUCGCCCCUGGCGCCGCGGCAGCUCGACCCCUCUGCCGAGCCGGGGCCGGCGACGCCAGGAGGCGGCCGCGACGGCGGCUCGCCCCCGGCGCCGCUGGACGCCAGCCAGCAGCGUGCUUCGCGUCAGUUCGACGUCGCCGCCCAGAAUGGUUGGCCAAGACCACGACGCCCGGAAGCGGCCGCGACGGUGGCUCGCCCCCGCCGCCGUUGGACGCCUGCCAGCGGCAGCUCGAGUUCACCUGCCAGGGUGCUGCGCUCGAGGAGCUGGAGGAUGACCUGGGCCAGGGGGACGAGGAGCCAGCGGUGCCGAACUACCGCAGCUUCCACAUCUCGAGGUCGGACUAG